AUGGCACUGCAUAUGGGUGCCGCCACAGAUGCUCGCGCAGGGGUCCUAGAGAUGGCGAUCCGCUUGGGCCGGAAAUCCUUGAAGAUUUUGCAGGAAGCUGGCAGCAAGAAACAACAGAUGGCGAGUCUCCUAGCUUUGGGGCAGUUCUACCUCAUGCGGGAGGAUGCUCGGCUCUCCUUGUCCAUGGGCGAGGCUGCCACGGCGCUUCUCCAGGAGCUUGAUGACACUGCAUCGGGGGAGGGAGUGGCGGUGGGAUUUUUGGUUGAAGCCUACAUCCUCAACAAUCAAGCGGAGAAGGCUAUCCAGGUGUGCAAGGAAGCUUUGGAGCGUGUGAGACCCCGAUCAGAUCAGAAAAGAGAAACCGUUUAUUUAUUGCAUCACUUGAUCCACGCCCUGUCGGUGUUUGGCGACAUCGAGCAGGCGAAGGAGAUCUCAGAUGAUGCCUUAGCAGUGGCCGACGAAAUUGGCUGCAAGCGCCUGAAAGCGCACGUUUGGGAAGAGAUGAGCCAUGCCUACUUGCUGGCUGAGCAGAAUGGUGAUGCCUUGCAUGCUGCUGAGGUCUCAGUUCAACUUCUCAAGGAGCUGGGUGCUGAUCAUGACGAGAUCACCACCCGCUUGCAGGUGUUGACCAAAGUCUUGAUCAUCCAAGAUAACUACAAAGAGGCCUUCAACCAGAUAGAGAUGGCCAAGGACUUGGCUCAAAAGAUUGAAGAGAAGCCCUUGGAGGCCUUUUGCCUCUCCAUCCAGUCCCGAGUGCAGGCCUUGUUGGGUGAUCCGCAGGCCGGAGUAAAGGCAGCCGACUUGGCUAUCGACAUGUUCCGUGAGGACGGUGACAGGAGAGGUGAAUGCCGUGUUUGGGAAGGCCUCUCCGAGAUCCACAUGACGGCCAGUGACUUCGCUUCUGCUCUCCGCGCUGCGAAGCGAGCAGAGUCGCUGUGUGAAGAAGUUGGUGAUACCAGACUCAUGGCCAGAAUGAAGCAUACCACUUCCAUGGUGCACAUGUCCGCAGACGAGCAUCAAGAGGCUCUCUCUGCCAUCACUGAAGCAAUCAAGUUGUCUCGUUCUGACGAUGACAUGCGAGGGACGGUGAAAUACAUCUUCCUGGCCAUGGACAUUUGGGUGACAUCACUGACUGCUUUGGAUCCUGAGGACAAAAGCAAAGUUCGAAUUUACAGGCAAGGCUGUGAGAAGGCCAUGCGAUUGGCCAAGGAGGGGGUGAAGCUCAGCAUCCGUUUAGAGGAUCGAUAUGCAGAGUGCAUGGGCAACUAUUGGGUCGGUACCAUGCACAUCAUGAUGGGCAAACCUCAGGACGCCAAAGCGAGUGCAGACACGGCCCUGGAGAUUGCGAAAGAAAAGAGAGAUUUGCUCAGCGAGCUAUAUGCACGUGGGCUUAUGGUCCAAGUGUGUUUGCAAGAGAAAGACAUCAAGGGCGCCAAAGAGAACCUGAAAGAUGUUCAGGGUAUCGCCGAAGAGCUGGGAGACCCUCAAGCACAAGCGAUGGUGGAUCAGCUCAAGGAGCUGGUGCAAGGCUCUGGUGCUCAGGAGGCUGCCGCGCCAACGCAGGUGGUGCAGGCAGCAGUGGAUGCGCCCACAGAGGGAGCAGCCUCUGCAGCACCCACCGAUGUGUCCUUCGUGGCCCCAGACGCGACAGUGAUGAAGAACCACAUCAUUGCCAUGGUGAAGAACAUGGUGGGAGGUGGUGAUGAAGUGGAUGGCGACACUCCAUUGAUGGAGUCCGGCGUUGAUAGCCUGGCCUCGGUGGAGCUACGAACCCAGCUGCAGCAGGAGUUCAAGGUGAAUUUGCCAUCCACGGUGAUGUUCAAUUACCCGACCAUCGAAGGUAUCACAGGGCUUUUGGUGGACGAGUGCACCCAGAAGAAGAUCACUUGGACUGGUUAA